AAAGGGAUCUUCAAAUGCAGCAAUGCGUACACCAACCAAGUUUGUUUUCACCAACUUAUUAGCAAUGCUGGAUUUUAUGAUAUUGGUUGAGUCACAUAGGAAGGCUGCUGCUGCAACUGCCUCUGGUAAAUUUAAAGAGGAAAUAAUCCCCGUGGAUACCUAGAUUGUUGAUCCAAAAACUGGAGAUGAGAAACCCAUAACGAUCUCAAUUGAUGAUGGAAUUUGGCCAAACGCAACGAUAUCAGACUUGGCAAAACUAAAGCCUACAUUUAAGAAAGAUGGGACAACCACUGCUGGUAUUAUUGUUUAUUUAUUUAGUCUCUAAUUAUUUUUUCUUUUGCAUGCACUAGCCUGUGAUUCUUGAUUAUCUUGCUAGCAAGACGAUUUGCUCUAAUGAUAUGGUCGUGGUCUCACCUGAUGUUGGAGGGGUGGCCAGAGCACGUGCUUUUGCAAAAAAAUUAUCUGAUGCGCCUUUAGCCAUUGUGGAUAAAAGACGGUAUGGGCACAAUCUUGCUGAGGUGAUGAAUCUCAUUAGUGAUGUUAAAGGAAAAGUUGCAGUAAUGGUGGAUGACAUGAUUGACACUGCUGGUACUAUUGCAAAAGGUGCAGCUCUGUUACAUGAGGAGGGGGCCAGGGAAGUCCAUGCUUGCAGCACUCAUGCUGUUUUUAGGUAAUGGCUUCAUCUAUGGUGUUUGAUCUUUGCUUUGAUCUCUCUAAAUGCAUGCCCAAAAAUUUCUGUGUUUUUCCAGAUUUGAUCAUUAUACAUUUUGAUCGAAGUUCCGUUUCUUCAUUACUUUGGAGAAAGGGGAAAUUAAGAGGUGUUGGGUUGUGACUUUUGAGGUGCCAUUUCCUGAUUUUCAUGUGAAUGGGGGCAGGAUGCCAGGAUUUUUAUUUUAUUUUUAUAUAAUUUUUCUACUUAUUAAGAAGUUUCUGGUUUUAGUGAAUGGUACAUAGAUGGGGAACUAUCUAUAUCAUC